AUGUUCACUCACACCUGGGGCGUGAUUGUUUUGCUGGCCUCGUUUCUGGUGUCGCCUAGCAAUGCGGUCACCUAUACUCCAUUAAAACCUCCGUCAUAUCCUUUGGCGGUGCGGAGUCCAUAUCUAUCAGCGUGGAUCCCUGGCAACGAAGUUGAAUCAUUACCUUCCUUUAAUGCCCAGUUCUGGGCUGGAAAUGAUCUGGUCUGGUCGGUCAUCGCUCGUGUAGAUGAUACCACCUAUAAUUUAUUUGGCGUGGCCAGCCCCAAUGACGGCACCACGUCGGGCACUGUGACCGCGGCCACGUACACCUCGACGCAUUCCACUUUCACUGUUACAGCCGGCUCGCGCAGCUUCACGCUAGACUUCUUCUCACCCGUGUCCCCCAAGAAUUAUCUCCGCCAAUCCCUGCCCUUCUCUUAUUUGACGGUGACGCUCGCUGCAGGCGAUUCGAGCUCCGUUCAGAUCUACUCCGAUAUUAGUGGCAGUUGGACGGGCCAGUCCACUGACUCCAGCUGGAGUUACUCCACCACUGGGUCGACAAGCGUCUUCCAGAUCGAAGCGGUCGGGCAGGCGACCUAUUCAGAAAACAGCGAUGGCCAAGCUCUGUGGGGCAGCGCCGUCUACGCCACCCGUCCGUCUGGCAGUAGUACGCUCUCCACUCAGGCCGGUCCGCGGGUCACUGUGAGGAAGCAGUUCAUUAGCGACGGCACCCUGACCGACACCUACGCGGAUUGGACCUCAGGUGCGGUGGUGGGAUUUGCUCAUGAUUUGGGUACGACCGCGGACGAAUCGGCGGUCACUUUCGCGAUCGGUCACGUGCGAGAGGCGUCCAUUAACUUCCUGGGAGCCGCGCAAACGGGUUACUAUCGUGCAACCUACCCUGAUACCGUUGAUGCCGUCUCCUACUUCCUCGAUGACUACGAUGCUGCCAAUUCCGAGUCGACCCAGUUCGAUGACUUGAUUUCCAGCACAGGGUCAUCCAGCUUUGGAUCCAAUUACUCCGAUGUGCUGGCCCUGUCCGUGCGCCAGGUCUACGGCGGGAUUGAGGUGACCAUUCCAAAUGAGUCCCUUGACACCAGCGAGACCCGCGCCUUCAUUAAAGAGAUCUCUAGUGAUGGCAACAUCAACACCGUCGACGUCAUUUAUGCGACCUUCCCUAUCUUUUACGUCCUGAGUCCCGACUAUAUCAAGCUGCUCCUCACCCCCGUGUUCGAGUACAUGGCUACCGACGCCUACUCCGAGAGCUACGCAGUGCACGAUAUUGGGGCCUCAUAUCCGAAUGCGACGGGUCAUCUGUCUUCCGGCGAGUCCAUGCCGAUUGAGGAGAGCGGCAAUGUGAUCUUCCUCACCUACGCAUACCAGAAGGCCGGCGGAGAUACCGACCUAUAUGACGCCUAUUCCUCCCAGAUCAAGACAUAUGCGACCUACCUAUAUAACAAUGGCCUGUAUCCGGCUGCACAGCUGUCCUUGAACGACGCGCUGGGAGAUCUCGCGAACCAGACCAAUCUAGCCGUCAAGGCUGCCGUCGCGCUGACAACCUACGGCAAGCUGGCUAGCGAUACAACGUAUGUGACGACGGGUCGCGACUGGGCAGACAAAAUUUGGACGGAUCAUUUGGGUACUGAUGCUGCUGGAACCCGCUUCUUGAUCCAGUACGAUAUCACACCCUGGUUCCUCGUCUUUAACCACUACCCAGACAAGCUGUUCGGACUGGACGUCUUCCCAGAUGAUACGUAUAACACAACCACCGAAUUUUACCCGACCGUGCGGGAAGAUGCAGGUGUGCCUCUAGACGGUACCAUCGGCUGGGGUCAGACAAACUGGCAAAGCUUCGUGGCUGCCACUGUCAGCGGCGAUGCACGGGACAGCUUCAUUAAUGACAUUUGGGCGUACAUCUCGAACGGUCUGAACACCGCCCCGUUUUGUGACAGGUAUUGGGUCACUGCCACUGACGGCUACUCCGCUGGCGAAUCUUAUUCAUUCCGAGCGCGGCCGACAUUAGGCAGCCACUUUGCUUUGGCCGCACUCUCUGGGGCCAAUAUCUGGUCAUAA